ACCAGGGGUAUAGAUACACAAAUAUCAUAGACGCAGAAGUUACAUAUGCUUUAAGAGUUAAUGAUUUAAAAAUAACCUAAUAAUAUGCAUGCUAAAUUUGUAAAUAAUUGAAAUGAGUCACUUUCUUCUGGUAACACCUUCCUGGGGUAUGUUCUUCACUAAAUGUUUUUGUUAUCUUGCUUAACUUUUUCUAUUCAUUUGUUAAAAUAUUAUGUGACCUACGAAAGGUUUUUAGCUUCAAGAGCCACCAUGCUGACAAGUAAGCACUUUCAUUACCAAUACUUCUUUCAGGCUAUUCCGUUCCAAGAUGACCAAAUAGGAACAGCUUUGGUCUGGAGCUCCCAGCGUGCCCGACACAGAAGACGGGUGAUUUCUGCAUUUUCACUGAGUUAUUCCUUUGUAGUUGUGAUCCAACACGGAUGUGGUGUGGUUGUGUCAGUGACUGCAGGUAGUCUGUGGAGCAUUACACAGUUCUUUACGGAAACAGCAGCUGCUUUGUGACCAGGACCACUAACAGCAGAAGGCACCUCACUUACCAUGGUAAAAAGCAGUUUAGAAAAAUCUCAAAAACAAAAUAAAUGUUUAUUGGAGACUCAAA